AGCCCCGAACUAGUUCCCCGCGCGGCUGGCCCCGCCAGACACCGGCUUCGCCUCGGGGCUCCUCGCUCGGUUCCCCAUCCCGCUGCGAGGAGCGGCUCUGCCCUUCUGGCCUGACCCCACGGGGCUGGAGCAACAAGACACCGGUGGGGGGCGGGGGGCAGAAACUUCUUUUGGUCCCUCCUCCCCUAGAGCCGCGCAGAGCCGCGGCGCUCCCGAGCCGGCGCUGACGGGCAGGGGGAGGCUUUGCCUUGACCUGCGCGUGGAGAGGAGCCCCAGCCCCCCUCCCACUGGGCGGCCAGGGGGGCCCGGCCAGCCGCCGCAAGGAGGGAGAGUUGGGCGCUUGGCGGCCGGAGCUGGGCUUGUCCUCGCCAGCUGCUGCCUUCCUGGGGCUGCUCCCGCCGGAGGGACCGAGCCCGGCGUCUCCCCGCGGCCGGAGGGGAGCCGAUGCGAACCAGAGGCGCCCCGGCCGCGGCUAGCAGUGGGAUCUGCAGGACUCGCCCGGCCCCCACCGCCCUGCAGGCGAGCGGCGCAGCGAAGGAGCGAGCGAGCCCGGCAGGCUCGGGGCGAUGGCGAGCCCGAGGCACGGCCACUUAGCGGCUGCAGCGCUCUUCCUCGCCCAGUGCUUGGCAGCCCGCUUCCAGCUCGUGGACGGGGAGACGGCGCGGCGACCGCAGGGUGUGUUUUAUGAAGUUGUUCAGAGCGCCCCUCGAAUGGAGGAAAACGUACAAGUGGAUUCACACCUAUACAGUCACAGGUGGAAAAGGCACUCAGAGAAUCUCAAAUCAGUUGAUACUAACAGAGCCAGCAUGGGGCAGGAUUCCUCAGAACCCGGGGGCUUCACAGACCUACUACUUGACGAGGGACAUGACAACACCACACAGAUUGAGGAGGAUACAGAUCAUAAUUAUUAUACUUCCAGGACAUACAGCCCAUUUGAUUCUAUCAGCCGGGAUUUGUGGGUGAACAUAGACCAAAUGGAAAAAGACAAAGUGAAGAUCCACGGGAUUCUGUCCAAUACCCAUCGGCAAGCAGCAAGAGUGAAUCUGUCCUUCGAUUUUCCAUUUUAUGGACAUUUCCUACGUGAAAUUACUGUGGCAACUGGGGGUUUCAUAUAUACUGGAGAAGUUGUGCAUCGAAUGCUAACAGCUACACAAUACAUUGCACCCUUGAUGGCAAAUUUUGACCCCAGUGUGUCAAGAAAUUCAACAGUGAGAUACUUUGAUAAUGGCACAGCACUUGUUGUCCAAUGGGAUCAUGUACAUCUGCAGGAUAAUUACAACCUAGGCAGUUUUACUUUUCAGGCUACCCUUCUCAAUGAUGGGCGUAUCGUUUUUGGAUAUAAAGAAAUUCCUGUUUCAGUGACACAGAUAAGUUCAGCCAAUCACCCAGUGAAAGUGGGACUGUCGGAUGCAUUUGUGGUGGUGCAUAGGAUCCAGCAAAUUCCCAAUGUCCGUAGAAGAACGAUUUAUGAAUACCACAGGGUGGAGCUACAGAUGUCAAAGGUUACCAAUCUGUCAGCUGUUGAGAUGAUACCUCUACCUACCUGUCUCCAGUUUAACAGCUGUGGUCCCUGUGUCACUGCCCAGAUUGGCUUCAACUGCAGCUGGUGUAAUAAACUCCAAAGAUGCUCCAGUGGAUUUGAUCGCCACCGGCAAGAUUGGGUAGACAGUGGCUGCCCUGAAGAGUCGAAAGAUAAAGUCUGUGAGAAGAAUGUGGACACAACUGAGAAGCCCCCUCAUACCACCACUUCCCUCCAGCCAACUACCACGAGGUUCAGAGUUUUAACCACCACCAAAGGAGCCACUACAUCCCACCUGCCAACCAGCCUGCCCACAGAAGAUGAUACCAAGAUAGCACUGCACCUAAAAGAUAAUGGAGCUUCUACAGAUGAUAGCGCUGCAGAGAAGAAAGGUGGAACUCUCCAUGCUGGUUUAAUUGUUGGAAUUCUGAUAUUGGUCCUCAUUGUAGCAGCAGCCAUCCUUGUAACAGUCUAUAUGUACCAUCAUCCAACGUCAGCAGCUAGUCUCUUCUUUAUUGAGCGCCGCCCAAGCAGAUGGCCUGCAAUGAAGUUUCGAAGAGGCUCGGGACAUCCUGCAUAUGCUGAAGUGGAACCAGUUGGAGAAAAAGAAGGCUUCAUUGUAUCAGAGCAGUGCUAAAAUUUCUAGGACAAGAGCACCAGUACUGGUCUACAGGUGUAAGACAUUUACUUUGCCUCUCUUUAAAGAAAAGGAGGCCUGAGCUGCUGUAGCUGUAAAGAAAGAAGAUUGUUGGAUAAAUCUUGUCCAAGAAGAAAAAACGAUCUAGGAUACCAGAUUACCACUGCGCUGUAGUUUUCCUUAGUGGAUUGACAUACAAUAGUUCAUUCAGAACACCCUGAGUGGACAUCUACAGUCUCAGAAAUGUGGCACAAAUGCCAUGUUAUUGGCUUAAGUAGGGGGUUGCAUAAGAAUAAAAAAAUAUAAUAAAGCUUUAGUUCAUCAGGGUGCUACCCUUUUGUUCAAGCAUUCUUCUCUGGUGUCUCAAAGAUAAACUGUGUUACAAAUCUGUAACCCUUUCAUGCAAAGAGCAAUGAUCAGUUUUGACAAGGUUGCUAAGAAAAUCAAUUCAAUGCAGGUAAAAAAAUAAGCAAUUUUCUAUACUUCUACAAAUGAAUGUGGAAUACAAUUCUGAGUGUUCAAUGCCAAACUAACAUAACCAAGUGAGUGAGUGAGUUACAGUACAACAUAAAUUCUUUCCAAGAGUAGUAGAAUGUUUCUUGUACUUUGUUGGUUAAUAUCCCUUAAACAAGCCAUGAUAAAGAAUUAUAAAGUUAGCACAAGGAGGUUAGAAAAAAUUGCUGGGAGUUUUCACUAUGGUGAAAUUGGGCUGUAUAAUUGGAGUUCUUGGUGAAAUUGGACUAAUUUUCAGUUUCAAUGUUCACUAAACAAUUAAUUAUUGGAUUUGUUUUAAGGAAUGUCGCUUCCAUUUCCAAACAGUGGGCUGAAAUGAAGUCAACAGAUGCUUUUGGCUGAUGCUGGCAGAAAUCAACAUAGACCAUUUCUCAGACAAAGUGAUGAAAAAAUGUUAAGAUUUUAAACAAAUGGAUUUUUAUCCUCAUUGCGAGUCCUUCCUGAGAAGCAUUGCAGAUUCCAGUGCACCCCUCCCAGAGAUACAGAUUCAAAGUGUUGCAGAACCCUGCUGAUCCAUUCAGUGAUUUUGUUUAAUACACAUAGUAGUUGCAUAAAUAUAUAUAUAAAUAUAUUUUUUUUUAUAGCUAACACAAGGCAGGCUCUUGUGGCUGUUAAGACUGCAUUUUUGUCAUCCAGACGGAGGAAAUGGAUUGCAUUACUGCAUAUUUCCACUGAGUUGUAAAAUAAUCCUUAAUAUUAGAAUAUUUUUAUGUUGCUUAGGGAUGGUGGUUCGUUUAGUUGCAGUGCCAUAACUUUUCUGCAUACUGGAGCCACGUUUCCUUUAAUAUCAACCCUUUUCCUCCCUGACUAGGGAAAAAAAAUAUGAUAAAUUCCCAGUGAAAAGAAAAGAUAUUACGUUGGGUGGAAAGGAGUUAAUAUACACUGAGCUACUAAACUUUUCAAUUCAGGUAUUGUAUGUACAUUUCAUUGUGGUCUUUCACUUUCAAAUGUUUUACACACUGUACAAGCAGAGGCCCUUGAAGCAUUUUAAGAUACAGUAUUCAACAUUUGCAGUUUUAGGUCUCAAGUAGUUUAGCCACCUUGUAGUUACAACCUUAAUUAAUCAGUUAUUUACAUUUCUUGUCAAUGCUUGUAUGGUCUAAAUUUGUUUACUUAACUGUUUUAAAAAUAACAUGAUUUUUACUUGUUAUUUUCUUCAGUAAAUAAUACAAUACUGUA